GCUAUUACGUCACGCGGACCAUGAGGUUAUCUAGCCCAUUGCGACGUACUAUCAGACUAUCGUGUCCAAUAUGUUGCAUCCUUGGCUUCGUGCUACCACAUCAAAGUUGCGCUUGAAAGCCGAAUCUGUUCUCUCGCUCUGGGAUCGUGCGCUUUGCAAUAUUCCACAUGGUUCAAGGCCCUAGACUCAGAUUUCCAUAGACACUUUGAUUUCAGGCCCUCUAUGGCGCUUGCAAGGCUCAGCAAUCUUUAUCGUCCAUGUGGCUAGUCCUGAUUUUGGGGUUCCUUAGAAUUUCCACCAAUCCGGUUUACAUAGUAGCAUGUAUUGUUUCGCGCCGAAGGAAGACAGACCAUCAAACCGGGAAGGGCAAAUGUUUUGUGAAGACCGAAGGUGCUUCCAUGCGGGUUCCUGAUGCAAACACAAUUUGCACUCACGAUCAUACUGUGGUAGCAUACUGCAAUAGCUAUUUAGGCCAUAUGUGCACAUUACGCUCCUCGCGACGCAGUUUUCGACGGAUUUGGUUCCAUGCCACACGGACCAAUCGUAUAAAAUGGGGAGAACAAUGAGAUCGGGACGGUAGCCCCAGCUCCAGUUCGGACCCGCCAGCUCCAGUGCUAAAGAAUAUCAGACAUUCUCACUAUGGUCUCAUUCUUCAAACGCUUGACUGCGCUCGUUUCCGCCGUCGCGGCCAUUGGUCACGUCGCUGCUCUGCCCACUUUUUCCACUUCCACUGGCAACAGUGUGGUGAAGCGUGCCACUAUCCCCGCCGCCCCCCGCUUCGUCCUUUACAGCGACAAGUGGGUUUCCGGUGAAACUGGUCCUCCUGCUCCUAGCACCAUCGUUGGUUACAAUGUCUUCGCCCUUUCCUUCUGGCUGUCCGCUGGUCCCGCUGACCAAGCCGUGGAAUGGUCGUCUCUGACCGCCGCUAACCGUCAGACUUUCAAAACGGAAUACAGCGCAGCUGGUAUCAGCUUGAUUGUCUCGGCUUUCGGUUCGACUGAGGCCCCCACAAGCAGCGGCGAAGACCCUACUACUACCGCCAACAACUUGGCAGCAUGGGUCAUACAAUAUGACCUCGAUGGUGUCGACGUUGACUACGAAGACUUCAAUGCUAUCAACGCACAGGACGGAUCUGCUGAGACUUGGCUCUCUACUUUCACCACCGCGAUCCGUGCGAAACUCCCACAGGGUCAAUACAUCCUUACCCAUGCACCUGUUGCCCCUUGGUUCUCGUCCAUCUACACCACUGGUGCCUACUUGAAGGUCGACCAAAAUGUUGGCUCUUUGAUUGACUGGUACAACAUUCAGUUCUACAACCAGGGUACCACCGAGUACACGACUUGCGCUGGUCUCCUUAAUACCUCGUCGACCACAUACCCCGACUCAGCUCUCUUCCAGAUCAACACUUCUGGAGGGGUCUCCCUUGACAAACUUGUUAUCGGUAAACCCGCCACGGCCGCUGAUGCUAACAACGGUUAUAUCGCCCCUGCGACUUUGGCUACUUGUGUGCUUGAUGCAAAGAACGAAAAGUGGGACGCUGGUGUUAUGGUCUGGGAAUACCCUGAUGCUGCUGCGGCUUGGAUCUCAAGCGUCCGCUCUCUCGCUUUCCCGUUGUGAAGCAAAAGCGUGCACACGCAGUUUAUGACUUAUCGACUUGUUACGACUCAGGCAGUAUGAAUCGAGGUUUUUUUUUUAUUCCAAAUAUAUAUUUGUACCA